GGAAUUAUAAAUAAGAGUUAAGCUUCGCUCAGCUAAAUAUGAUUUCAUCAGCAAUGUAUAAUAUUGUCUAAGCUCUGCAACGCUCGACGCAAGCAAUCGAUCAACAGUAGUUGUAAUAGAAGCUAUAAAUUUAACUCUCCUAGCAAUAUACAUUUGAUAGGAAACAUAUCCUAUUAAGACUAGUAUGUUCCUCUCAGGUGCUAUAUCAGUGCCCUAACUGCAGUCUUAUUUAUACAGCACUUUGAGCUUUAUUCACACUAAAAUUACUUACUUAGUCAGCUUUUCAACUAUUCUAAUACGUUUUUUCAUCUAUUUCUUCCCACCCAUUUUUGCCACCACCCAUCUACCUAAAUUACUAACAGACAAGCCCAAAAGUGUUGUGUGGCCCCCUACGAACCCCCUUGAAGGCGAAGUUUCGAAGAUGUCGGACGCGACAGAUAUGACGGCCAUGCCUAGCCCCGGAAACACAGAAUCUAUCAUCCAAUCUCUUUGCUCCCAACAAAAGAUGGCCGAAACGGCAGUGACGUCAAGCCAACAAAUGAUAUCAAGCCAACAAGUAUCGUGCUCCGAACAGAUAUCAACCGAGCAACAGAUGCAGAUUAUGUCUUCUAGCCAUCAAGUGACGUCUGGUCAGCAGAUGAUGUCUAGACAACAAGUGUCGAGUAGCCAACAGAUGUCGUCUAGCCAGCAGAUGAGUGAGAUGCACAUGACGAGUUCUUCCUACGGGAUGGUAUCAGCCGCCACCACCACGGCGCAGACACAGGCGCUCGUGCAGACCAUGGCACGGCCGGACGCCGGCACCGUGCAGGCCUACUCCGAACACAAGUCGGAGAAACAAGCGUCCACCAUGUAUCAGUCACAGACGAGCCAACCGAUACAAAACACCUACGAAUCACGGCCCGCCGAAAGCGAACAGUCCAUUAAAACUGAAAAAGCCUUCGUAGAAGAACAAUCGUAUGUCACCAAAUCUGAACAAAUCGUGUGCUCAAGCUCUAAUGGACAAACUAGGGUGGAAAAGAGCGCAGAUAAUGAGAAAAUUGAAACUACCGCUAAACAAGCAUUACAAGAAAAACCACCUGAGCCAAAGGAAAAUAUAAGCACUGAAAUAAAAACAAAAGAAACAACCGCAAAUGAAUAUAAAAUAUCGGAAUCCCGAAAAGAGAGCUUUUCAGCUACUACUACCAAAGAGUCCGCUGUAUUUGAGACUAAAUCUCAAUUAAACGAAAGCGAUGUGGCUGCCGCUAUGAAACCCUCUAGCGAAAUACCGAACACUAUCCCUCGCGGCUUUGUGGCCAAUAUGAUUGAUGGCCUCACUACUGCUUCUGAUAGGCCGUUUUCACCAUUGCCAGCUCCAGUUGCCCCAUCGAUAGAUUCGUCUUUCAAUGAGCCCGCGCCCGUCGCCCCUCCCUCCCAGCCGGCUGAACCAGUAGAAGUUACUCCUCCAACGAUUCAACCCCCACAACUACCCCCGGCGCCCUCGCCAAUGUUCGCCCCCCAACCCAAGCGAGGUGUAUCUCCGAUACCACCUUUGAAAGCAUAUAACCCACCUGAAAAGAAAGACGAACCGAUCCCUAUGCCUCCCGAAACACAGCCGUAUAUCCCCCCUGAUUUUAAAAUAAUAAUAGAGCCAAAGGUGUCGAAAGCGGAGCGCGACGCGGCGUCGUCUCCGAUGGUGGACGCGCUGACCACGGCGCCCGAGCGGCCCUUCACCCCCGUGCGCACAGCCAUGCUGUUAGAAAGGGGCUCGCUUAAAGACGCCCUCACCACAGCACCAGAAAGAUCAUACAGCCCACUACCCUUCAACGUAACUAGCCAGACUAGCCAAGUUUCCACGUCUAUGCAGUCUUCAACAGUGCAAUCCACUUCCUCUCAAAUUAUAAGACCCAUUGCAACUCAAACUACGACUCAAACGAUCGAACAAGUCCAUUCUGAAUUUUCCACAAUGCAGAAUACUUGUAAAUUGCAAUCAUCUUCUGAUAUGUCGGCGUUCCGGCCCGUGGCUGGCCGCCAGGUUUUCCCUCCUCCGCAGCCAGAGGAUUUCUGCAAACUCGCCAACUUUCCUCCGAUCAGCAAUGAGUUAAAAACUAGUUUCGAAAAAGCUACCAAAGCCAAUCAACAAUCAGUUAUAUCAGGCCCACAAGUUUUCAAAGGUAUGACUGAAACCAAAUCCAACUUCGAAAAAUCUUCUCAAAUGAGAAAGGAUAAGACUCUUGCUGAAUCAAAAUCGUCUCAAAUGAGACAGGAAACAACCAUGGCUGAAUCCAAUUCUUUCCAAAGUUCUUCAGUUUCUACCACCAGUAUGAACACUCAAGUAUUUUCUUCUGUUAAAACAGCUCAAAGUUUCUUUGAACAGCUCGAUAAGAAAGAAGAGAUGUCAUCUGUUGCUGUGAGGUCAAAAGCCGGCUUACACAAGCCCGAUAGUAUUCCGACCUAUCAGAAAAACUUUGAUCAGCUGUUAUCGCAGAGAGGGAUAACUCCGGAGGUGUGCAACGCGCCGGCCAUCCUGCAGCGGCCGGUGACGCCGACCACCGACCCCCCCGCGCGCCCCCGCGACCGCUCCCAGGAGCCCCGCGCCGCCGCGCCGCAACCACCACCCCCGGCACCGAAGCCAGCUAAACAACCUUUCGAACAGCCCCCAGUAUACUUCCACAAAGAUUCCACCCCAAUCUCUAUGACGUUUCAACCUGUAAACGACGAAUCUCUUCUACGAAUCUCUCCAUCUCGUAGCCGUCCAAACACACCCAGCAUGAUCAACAAACCGGCCCCUAUCAUUCCGCACUACCAGAUGAACUUGAUCGGAGUUGAGCACCUCGCUCCUGACACCAACAUGUGCUACACGCCGUCCAGCCCCGAGGGCAGCCGCUCGCCCACGCCCAAGCCCCGGUCCAAGUCCCCGGCGCAGGGACCACCACCAAACCCCUUAAAGGCUCAAGCACCAAGAAUCAAGGAAAGCACUCCCCAAAGAAACACAACCCAGUCUUUACUUACGAAGGCAACUCACAACCUUCGAAAAGAACACGAAAUGGCACAGAAGGGCUUCCAGAGCAACAUAGAGGUUUUCAAUGCGUCAGGCGCAAAGAAUUGGGGACAAACUCAGCCUUCAAUUGUUCAAGAACAAAGAAUGUCUAAUGUUGGCUACUCGUCUGAAAAUUACGAGAAGGGUGACUUAAAAAUAAAGGAGGACUCAAUGCUAAAUCAGAAUUACGGGCAAAGGCAAAUGCAAUCACAUGACGUGACCGAAUAUGGCAACACAACGGUCCAGUCCACCAGAAAGACCUUCGAGGAAUUCGAAACUAGACAGUCCGCUCAAGUCAUCGAAAUUCGCAAAGGGGGUUCAUCCACUGCAUCCAAUCAGCAAAUCGACUGUAACAUUCGCCCCUCCACUAUUAACCCGAAGCAAGUGUUUCCGCCACCUGUCCUGAGUGCUCCGGCUUCCCAACAGAGUUCAUCUGUUAGUUCUAACCAGAAUGUAACCUCUAGUCGUGAGACUGUUCAACCACAUCCUAUGACUUCUGGUGCUAACCAAGGUCCAGUGUGUGAUCCUACCCCGUCGACAGGUCCCAGUGUAGGGGCUCAAGGCCGCGGCAAGGCGUUCGGAGUGUCGUCGGCGCCCAAGCGCGGGCGCGGCGUGCUCAACAAGGCAGCGCUGCCCGGCUCGCGCGUGCCUCUGUGCGGCUCCUGCAAUGGCAACAUUAGAGGUCCGUUCAUAACCGCACUCGGCCGCAUCUGGUGCCCGGACCACUUCGUCUGUGUGAACGCAACGUGUCGCCGCGCGCUGCAAGACAUCGGCUUCGUGGAGGAGAACGGACAGCUGUACUGCGAGUAUUGCUUCGAGCAGUACAUCGCGCCCGCUUGCGACAAGUGCCAUGGGAAGAUUAAGGGCGAUUGCUUGAACGCUAUCGGCAAGCACUACCACCCAGAGUGUUUCAACUGUGUGUACUGCAACAAACUAUUCGGUAACAAUCCGUUCUUCUUAGAGGAUGGACUGCCUUACUGUGAAGCAGACUGGAAUGAGCUGUUCACGACGAAAUGUUUCGCGUGCGGUUUCCCGGUGGAGGCGGGCGACAGGUGGGUCGAGGCGCUCAACAAUAACUACCACAGUCAGUGCUUCAACUGCACGGUGUGUAAAAAGAACCUCGAAGGACAGAGCUUCUUCGCUAAGGGAGGACGGCCAUUCUGCAAACUGCACGCGCGCUAGGAGCCCGCAGAUCAUGUACCACUCCGACACCGUCUACUCGACCACCACGUUCCGCCCCGUGUCGCCCCUCCCGCGCCCGCCGCCCGCCCCGCUGCCGCCCCCGCCGCCGCCGCCGCCGCCGCCCGCCACGCCCUCCCCGCAGCGCACCAGGAAACUGGAAACGCCCCUCCACUUCGAGGGAGGGCUGUUUUCCGACAUCCGGAGCACGGAGGGCAAGCUGCUGAGCAAGGUGACGGUCGACCGCGUGCACAGCUCGUCGCGCCAUGACGUCACCGAGUCGCCCGGGCCCGCGCCCACCGCCCGCGACUACGUCGAUGACGUCACCAAAACCGAGACCAUCACUAACGAGGACGUCAUCAAGAUCAGGUUCACCCCCGUGGUGCCAGAACUCGACGUGCCGCGGCUGCUCACUCCCUCACAGUUUAUUCCGUUGCCGCCGCAGGUUGAAUACAUAAAAGACGACUUUGAAGAUUUACAAAGUUACAAAAUGGUCAACUCGGUGUGCAAGGGAAAUAAAUUUGAAUCUGAUGCGAUGUGUGACCGGGAGAAGAGCGUGGACAGCUUAAGUAAUAUUUACAACUUUGAGCCAAUGAUACGUCCUCACAGCCCGCUUGCUAACUUUAUCGUACCGGAACAGCUAACUAAGAUUGAUGAAUAUCUACAAAAAAGUUUGGACGAGCAUUCAAACGACGGUGAGGAGCGGACGAUGUCACCGACAACCGAGGCGACGCGGGGGACGGCACAGGCCGAUAACACUCUACUUCAUAAAGAAAGUAACGUACACGAACAAAUCAUUCGCUCUGAAUCCAAGAGUAUGAAUGCGUCUAGUUAUCAAGGUAGGGACGAACCCAGCAUUAAUAAAACAAGUGCUGUAAAAACGGAAGAAAAAUACGACCCUCCGGCGGAAAAAUUCGAUCGAAAAAGGAAAUCAAAAGUAGACAGUGCUAAUGACAAGAAUACAGGAGUGCUAAGAGCUAUUUAUAAUAUGCCUAUACAUUAUCACGCAAUAAUUUUAUGCGUUUUAUUAAUUGUAUACAAUCUUGUUUAUCAAUAUAUUAAGCAACAUUGUCAAGUUAAAGGUUAAUAAAUGAUAUUUAAUGCAAUUAAUGAAAUUACCGAUUAGUCAGUUUACUAUAUUACAUCCUAGUCAUAGUGUAUUUAUCAAAAUUGAGAUUUAGGUAUCCUGUGUAAUGUCUUCCAAGGAGACAUUUUAUAUAUUUUUUGUUUAUAGUUUUAUAUAUUUUUUAAUCAUAGUGUUAAUGAGACACGGGACAUUACUAGAAGAUGUACAUAAUCACAGGUAAUCUUUUGAUUGUUAGCAAUUAAUUGAUAUAAUUAACAAUGAAAUGCUUUUAAUGCCCUGAAGAUGUUAACUUGCAAAAUCGCGACUCUGUUUACAGGUUAUUUAUUCUAAUCAAGUUUUAAGGCUUUGUAUACAGCUUCCGGAAUGUUGCAGUAAGCAGUUACUAACAUUUAGUACUUAGCAAUUAAUAAAGUGUGAACAUGUCACACAUUGGAUUCAAGUCCAAGGGAGAACAUUGGAUUCAUAUUGGUGCACCAAGUGGUUAGGAAGUUUAUACCUAAUGAAUGAAAUAUUCAUCUAUAAAAAUAGAUAAGAAAGUACUUUACGUCUACAAACCUGUAUUUAUUAAGAUUUGUAAAGAUGGUAUCAUCUAUAUGGGUAACUGUUUAGGCAUUUUAUACUUUUUGGGUUGAAGAAUUACUAAAUUUUGUAAUAAAUAUAUAAUUACAUGAUGUAAGAUAAGUUUAAAAGUUGGUGCAUAGAUGUACCUCUGCCUAUCCCGUAAAGGAACAAUGGCAUGAGUGUUUUUAUGAUAUAAUCGUAAGAAUUAUUUAUUUAGAAUUAUUGACCAUAAUUAGUAAUUACCUACACAUCAUCUAUUAUUUAUAAGAAUAUUUGAGCUUAAAUAAAAUAUUUUAUUUUA